AUGGCAGAAGUAGUAUCAGUCGAGUACAAGGGCAAGGUCGCCGUGAUCACGAUUGACAACGAUAAGCAGCUCAAUGCUUUGAACCAAGAUGGGUAUUAUCAACUUGCAACAUAUAUGAGGGAGAUCGCUCUACACGAUGAGGUGUAUGUUACAGUUUUGACGGGAAAAGGUCGAUAUUUCUCUGCAGGCGCAGACGUGUCAAUCAGUAAAUCACAGCCAGAUGGGACAGACUUAAAGAGGCACUGGCUCAAAAACUUCGUGUCUAAUAACCUCAACAUAACCCAAGCCUUCUACACCCAUCCCAAAAUCCUCGUUGUCGCAUUGAACGGGCCCGCAAUUGGUCUGUCUGCUGCCUUGAUCGCCUUCGCAGAUUUUAUCUAUUGUGUCCCCCACACCUUUCUCCUGACUCCCUUCUCCAGCCUUGGGCUCGUUGCCGAAGGCGGUGCGUCUCGAGCUUUUGUCACACGGUUAGGGAUCAGCAAAGCCAACGAAGCUCUCAUCAUGAGCAAACGGAUAACUUCCGAGGAAUUACUCCAUGUCGGCUUUGUGAAUAAGAUAUUCGACUGCAAAAAGGGAGAGGACGAGAAGUUCCGGAAGCUGGUGUUUGAGGAGAUCGGGAGCAGACUCGGUGAUCAUUUGAAUGGUGACAGUCUGGUGAAGAUCAAGGCCUUAAUCAGAAAGCCCGAGAGAGAAAUUUUGGACACGCAAAACGUGGCAGAGGUGUUUGGAGGGCUCGAAAGGUUUGCCGCAGGAAUCCCCCAGGAGGAGUUCAGGAAAAUUGCCAGCGGAGAGAAGAGACAUAAGCUGUGA